UAGAAAAGAAUCGCCAGUUGGUUUUGUAACUUCCUACGAUACAAUGAAGCCCAUUUACAGCUCAAUACUCUGCCCAUUUUUCUUCGCUGUUUUAUGCGAGGCCUAUCCAGCUACUGCACCAUACUUCGAUUACCAUCGACCAUCGUUCGCCAAGGACUCGACCGGAAGAGGAAUUCAUGAAAUGGUGAAGAUCGAUGAUUCUCGAGCCCACGACGAGCAGCAGGAAUCAGACCUGUUGGAAGACUUGAGAAGACUUUCCAAUCCUGCAGGGGAUGAGGAGGCGGACAAUCUCCUCGAAGACCCAGACGAUUAUACGAAUUGGGAUAAAAGAGCCACUUCGAAUGGAAAAUAUCAUUAUUACCGGUGUUACUUUAAUCCGGUAACGUGUUAUCGGAAGUGAAAAUGUAAAUGAUUGGCUCGUGUGUAAUUUAGUACAGCAACGAUAAUCGAAUCUACUCAGAAAUGUUGAAAUGAUCGCUUGAGUUUUGAAAUUGUAAAAUGAAUGAGAAGAGGAGAAGAAUAAUUAAAGAUCGUGGUCACGAAGUAUAAAAAA